UAUCUAUCCGCAGUAUUGUAGUGUAGUUGCGACGGUUCCUUUAUUUUUAUUAUUGUUGUUGUUAUUUGGCCUCCAUCUGCAUCACAUCUACUUUGCCAAGCAUACAUUGCAGGUGUGCCUCGACAUUGCUGCGUGCUCCGUCAGUUGUAGACUGCACGUGCAGCCAGACGCUCGCGUCCGACAGGAGGUGCGUUUGCAACACAAGCAGCAAGCGAAUUUCGAGUCCGGCGGGACAGACCGCGCGCAUCGUGCUGCUGCUGCUGCUGCAUGUGAACUGCGGCAGGUUACGCAGGCCCAUAGCUGUACAGCCGCGCGCCGCACUGGCAUGUUUGUCGAGGGCGGGGGAGGCAGCGACUGUUAUUGUGAGUCUGUUGGCAAAACACGCAGGCCAUAAGCGGCCUACCUCUCGCCUCCUAGCGCCACCUAGUGUUGCUCUUACUACGCAGCUGCCAUUUGACACCUGUCUCUGUGAGUCUUACAAGUUACCAGUGUGGGACGCGUGAUCAUACAGACCAGACGCCCCGGCAGACGCCCUCGCCAGGACAUCGACCUUUGCCAGAGCUGCUGGUCGUUUGCUGGACCCUGUAUAUUCCCCUCUUCACCUUCCUCCUCCACUUCCCAGCCUCUUGUGCCCCCUCCACAUCUCGACACAGGGUGGUGCCCGCCUGCUGCUCGCUGUGUCCAAGUCUCUCCUCCCACUUUUCGUUGCCCACCAACCAGUGGUAGCGCCGCUCGACUGCCGCGCCGCUCCGACACGCCGCGAUGGCUGUGUACCGCUCGGAAGUGCACAUCCCCGUGCACAAGGACAGCCUGAGCUUCCAGGACCGCCAGAUCAAGCAGUGGGGCAAUGUGGAGGAGAAGAUGGAGCAACGCCGGAAGCAGUGGGACGAUGAGUUCGAGCGCAUGAGGCAAGAGUUCUUCGUGCUGAAGCCCUCGGAGAAGCAGGCCAGCACCAACUCGCUGGCCAACGUCAGCAGCCUCAAGACGGCCUUCGAGACGGACAGCAGCGGGCGGCAGAUGUUCCGCGUGCGCUUCGACGUCAGCGAGUUCAGGCCGGAGGAGGUGCAAGUGAAGGUGCAGGAGAACAAGCUCAUCGUCAACGCCCGCCACGAGGAGAAGACAGCCCAGACCUCAGUCAGCCGCGAGUACAGCCGCCAGGUGGAUAUCCCGAAUAACGUGAACCAGGAUCACAUGACCUGCGUGCUGAGCAAAGACGGCAUCCUCACCAUCGAGGGUCCGGCGGCAACUCCGGCCUUGACCCAGCGCGAGACCUUUCUGCCGGUCAAGAACGCAAGCGAAGCGCCAUCCUCGCCGACCAAGACCUUGGGCGUCGGGACGCCGGUCAAGAACCCCAUCGUCACGGAUCCGGAUGGGUCGCGGCGCAUGCGCCUGACGGUGGACGUGGGAGAGUUCAGCCCGGAGGAGAUCGUCGUCAAGACAACGGAGCGUAAGCUGAUCGUGCACGCCGAGCACGAGGAACGCACGGCCGGCCGCACCAUGCACAAAGAGUUCAACAAAGAGUACGACCUGCCAGACAGCGUGGACCCCGCCAGCAUCACUGCUUACAUCGGCGACGACAAGCAGCUGACCAUCGAGGCGCCCAUCAAGCCGGCCGUGCAGCGCAAGCUGUACCAGGUGACCCAGAGCCAGGACGUGCAGCGGGUGGUGGUCAGCAAGGACAGCUCCGUCACCAUCUCCGACAGCCGCAACCGGCCAGUCGUCACCAUCAGCGUCCACCGCAAGUAACUUUUUCCUCCCAAUCCUUCCCCCCCACGACGCUGACAAGAAGGAGGGAGUGUGGGUAGGCGUCGCUGAGCUUCCUGGGGAGGGGAGGAGGAAGGCUGCGAGAGUUGCUGUCCUUGAUGUGACUGUGAGCCACGUGAAGGUUUUGUCACCCCGGGUGUGCCCCAUGCUGUAGUUGUGGAGCUGCCAACGUUCUUCAAGGCGAAUCUUUCGGGUGCUGACAGAAAAUUCAGACAAUGGAAGGGUUUUAAUCAAACGUGUCACGCUUGUGUGAAUUCGGGGUGUUGCGACUUAACCUUCCUACCUGUAUUGUCUGUCAAAGGGAAGAAGCGAACCAUCGCCGGAAAUGUGAAACCACGCUCCACCCGGAAUUGUAGAAGUGAACAGGUUUGAGCUUGGAGCCAAGCUUGUCCUUGUGACUGCUUUGCUGCGACUGGAUUGGAAUGGAACCCCAGACUGAAAUUCUUUAAUUAACUUUCCUCUUCUCGCCGGCUUCUGUUGCUUAUCUCCAUCACGUGACCAGCUGUAGAUAAACGCUGGCAUCAUUAAUUUUAUCUUCUUAUUGUUGAGCGUAGGGGACACCGCCUGGUCGUGCCACAAUGACAUGCUUUAACAGUAUCACAAAAUGGUUGUUGCUAGUAUCACUCAGAAGUUGUUGCUAGUAUUCCCUGUUAUGUUUACGAUUUGUUAUGUUUUGGUGUACAUCCUUGUUACGAGACGAAACACAGUCUCGCAUUUAGAGUCAUGUUGUUAAUAUUAGAGCUGUCAGUUGUUGUUUAGAAUGUGAUAUGCAUAUUUAUGUGCUAUUCUCUCCCCUCAGCUCGGCUGUCGAGUUGUCUUCCCCUUGUCUAGAGCUGCUGCUUCGUCAUCACAUAUCAUCAUAUAAUGUUGAGUAAGCAGCUCUGGUGGAAAUUUGCAAGUGAAAAAAAAGAGAAGUGGUAGUGUGGUAGAGCAAAGGACAGUUUUGCUUUGAAGAAAGUUCGCAUCGUUGGCCUCAUUGACCACGUGACCACUGCCAUCGCCUGGCCUCAGUCCUGCCUCUGUGUAUUGGUGGACGUCGUCACAUGGACUUCGUGCUUGAAUUCCAGAACUGAGCCAAACUUUCAGUUGUUUAAAUGGUGAAAUGUGUUCACCAGCCUCAGAAUCAUUUUGUUUGAUGUGAACAGUGCAGUUCAGAGACAAAAGCGAGUAGGUGUGUCACAAGUCUUGCUUCCUCUGAAUUUGUAAUUUGUUGAUUCUGCUUGUGCGAGACUGUUUCAUUGUAGUAACCUGUCAUAAGAAGACUCAUGAGUUACUGCGGUUUGUUGUCAAUAUUGUCCAUUUUUAAAGAUUUUCAUGUCUUUUAAAAAUAAUUGUAGUGUUUCCUGAUGCUUCUGUUAGUACUAAUUGCUGACAGAUUCUCAGCUUCACCUAGCCAGAGAAACACAUGUUCUUCGGCCUUUCUUCUCUAAUCCUCUCCAUCACCAAUAAUUCACUAAUGUCAAAGAAAUUUUCAGCAGAUGUGUUUAGUUCCUUCUGCUUUUACCUAUAAACAGAUCACAGAAACCACAUGAACACCAGAAAAGUAUCUUUAACAAAAAGUCUGCUUUGUAGAGCUGAGCCAGGUCAACUUUUUGGAAAUUUUAAUGCGAUCAUUUAACAUUGAUGCAUGUCACAUAAAAUAUUGACCACCAAACAUUAUCCAUAAAAUCCCUGUGAUAAAAACAAUGAUUGCAUGUUUCCACUAAGUAAGAUGGCAGGAAAAGAUGGAGAAAUAGUUUAUUAGUUAUAGUCAGAAUAGAGGCCAUGAGGUAUAGUGCUAGGAUUCAGUUUGGUUCAUGCUGAGAGGUUAGGAGAAGUGUGUUUGUGUGACUGUUGUCUGCUUUGUUGAUGCUUGAUAAAUACAAUUUAUGAAUAAACAAAUUCCAUUUACCCUGAACUCCCGGAAUCCUCAACAAAUAAUCUGACCUGCUGUAUCCCAGCAGAUGUAAAGGCCACUUCACUGUGAUUCAUUUGAAAAAUGUUCAAUGUUGAACUAAAGCUUCCCUGCUGAAAUGUUUUGUGAUGACAAUAUGUCAGAAGGUAUCAGUCAACUGAUAAAAAAACUUACUUAUAAUGUAACAUCAGUGGAAGUAUUGUUGCACCAUUGUCCGACAUCUGAAUUUUACCAGGCAUCUUGUAGCACGUGGCACAACUUUGCCCAUUCUGUUUGUGCGAACACAAUGAUGCAGUUUUGUUUGUUUGAUUGUUUGUUUGUUUGUUUGUUUGUUUGUUUGUUUGUCUCAAGUCUCUGAUGUAAGUUAGUUGGUUGAAGCUUUGGUUGAAGUGCGCUGCACCAUCGGACAUGACUGUAACAUGACCUGUCCUUUGUCGCGCUUCCAUAAAGGGGAAAGACACAGGUGUGGCUGAGCACCUGUCCUCAGUCCCCAUGGUAUGUAGCGCGCGCCUGUGUAGGACAUCACUGACCAUAACUGGCAUUUAUUGUUGUCAAACUGUAAUGAAACAGUUACAACAUCGUUUGACCCUUGGUUGUCGGUACUGAGAGACGCUGCGAUGUGACUUCAGCUCACGACUCUGUGUAACGGUAGGAGUGUUGUGGUCUGUGGGGGCCGCCACUCCCACGCCGAGUAUUACUGUUGGAACUUGUUUUGCUUUCGACGUUGUGUAGAAUAUUCUCUUCAUUCUUUCUGUCUUCUCCAGAACUUAAGUCGCUUUUAAACGUGUAAUCUUUAUAUGCAAAUCUUGUUUACUUCUGUUAGAAAAUUUUGUUCGCGAAUUUAUUAAAAUCUGAAUAAGACGCA